GCUGAUUGUCCCUUCGGUAAGAGCUUCUCCUGCCUGAUUUCUUUCUUUCUUGCGUGAGACAUUAUUACAUCAUUCUGUUUGUCGGCGGUGUUUCUGUGUAGUAGAGCGAAAUCAUUAACUUAGAAAAUGCUUCUUACAAGAUUGGCAGGACGUUCUGUAUUCGAACACACUUCAUUUACUUAUGACAUUGGAUGCAGAAGUCAUUUUAGCACAUUCUUCAAAAAGACAAGUACUCCUUAUGUUCUCUCAAAGUACUAUGACAUCCAAGCAAGACACAAGUCAGAAGGUGUUAAAGGAGCUGUCAUCGGCAUUGAUCUUGGGACCACAAACUCAUGUGUGGCAGUUAUGGAGGGAAAACAAGCAAAAGUUAUUGAAAACUCAGAAGGCUCCAGAACAACACCUUCAGUUGUUGCAUUCAGCAAAGAUGGAGAACGGCUUGUGGGAAUGCCAGCCAAAAGACAAGCUGUCACUAAUUCUGCAAAUACUUUCUACGCCACAAAAAGGUUGAUUGGGCGAAAAUUUGAUGAUGCUGAAGUUAAAAAGGAUAUGAAAAAUUUAUCAUACAAAAUAGUAAAGGCCUCAAAUGGAGAUGCCUGGAUUAGUGGCAGUGAUGGGAAGGUGUACUCACCCAGUCAAAUUGGAGCUUUCGUGUUAGUGAAAAUGAAGGAGACUGCAGAAGCCUACCUUGGAACUACAGUAAAAAAUGCUGUUAUCACUGUUCCUGCCUACUUCAACGAUUCACAGAGACAGGCCACAAAAGAUGCCGGUCAAAUUGCUGGCUUAAAUGUACUGAGAGUAAUCAAUGAACCUACAGCAGCAGCCUUAGCAUAUGGCAUGGAUAAAACUGAAGAUAGAGUUAUAGCAGUGUAUGAUCUUGGUGGUGGAACUUUUGAUAUUUCUAUUCUGGAAAUCCAAAAAGGAGUGUUUGAAGUGAAGUCGACAAAUGGAGACACAUUGCUGGGAGGUGAGGAUUUCGACAAUGUCCUCGUCAACCACUUGGUCAGCGAGUUUAAGAAAGAGCAAGGGUUAGAUAUUACUAAGGACCCAAUGGCGAUGCAGAGGUUAAAGGAAGCAGCAGAGAAGGCGAAGAUUGAACUUUCCUCAUCGCUCCAGACGGACGUGAAUCUUCCGUACCUCACAGUGGAUGCAUCAGGACCUAAACACAUGAACUUGAAAUUGUCCCGGUCCAAGUUUGAAAGUCUUGUUGGUGAUCUUAUCAAGAAGACAAUGGCACCUUGCCAGAAGGCUCUACAGGAUGCUGAGGUCUCAAAGAACGACAUUGGAGAAGUCCUACUGGUCGGAGGCAUGACAAGGAUGCCAAAGGUGCAGCAGACGGUACAUGAGCUGUUUGGCCGGACCCCCAGCAAGGCGGUGAACCCUGACGAGGCAGUGGCAGUAGGGGCAGCAGUGCAGGGUGGUGUCCUGUCUGGAGAAGUCCACGAUGUAUUGUUACUCGAUGUCACGCCUCUCUCCCUCGGUAUUGAAACACUCGGUGGUGUCUUCACCAGACUUAUCUCACGAAAUACCACCAUUCCCACAAAGAAGAGCCAGGUAUUCUCAACAGCUGCCGACGGCCAAACACAAGUAGAGAUCAAGGUGCAUCAGGGUGAGCGAGAGAUGGCCUCUGACAACAAGUUACUGGGACAGUUCACCUUAGUAGGCAUACCACCUGCGCCACGCGGCGUGCCACAGAUUGAGGUUACCUUUGACAUUGACGCCAAUGGUAUUGUCCAUGUUUCUGCCAGGGACAAGGGCACUGGCAAGGAACAACAAAUUGUCAUCCAGUCAUCAGGUGGUUUGAGUAAGGAUGAAAUUGAGAACAUGGUGCGCAAUGCAGAGCAGUUUGCUCAGGCAGACAAGGUGAAGAAAGAACGAGUGGAGGCUAUCAACCAGGCUGAGGGUAUCGUCCACGACACAGAGGCCAAGAUGGAAGAAUUCAAGAGCCAGCUGCCUCAGGAAGAGUGUGCUAAACUGAAAGAACUUAUCAAUGAAGUUAGAGACAAGUUGACAAAGAAAGAGGACAUCGAUCCUGAGGAAAUCCGCAAGGCCACCACCCAACUGCAGCAGGCUUCGCUGAAACUCUUCGAAAUGGCCUACAAAAAGAUGGCCGCAGAAAGAGAGGGAUCAAGUAGUAGCAGCACAACAGAACAGACAGAAGAAGAAAAGAAGGAGAAAAAAGAAGAGAAACAGUAAAAUAAUGUAUUCUAAUUGUGUAUAGUUUGUUCAUUAAGUUAUGAAGACUGCAAACGCAACUAAAUUUUUUGUAUUUUGUACGAUUCCUUCCCAUUUCUUCAGUUUCAACCCCUGUUUAUGUAGUGUAGAUGAAAUAGUUCUGUGAUAAUGUUAAAAGAUUAUUCUUAUGUUUAAUCUAAUAUUAAGUUAUAUGACCUCAAAAUGCAUUGUAAAAUGCAUCUCGGAAACAUUUCCAUUGUUACUCAAUAAUUGACUUAUUUUGUAAUUGUUAUUUUCUCUGCGGAUGAUCAAGCCUGAUGUCUCUUGGUAAAUCUGGUCACAUUUCUGUACAUUUAUAUCUUGUUAUAUUUCUUUAUGUUGUAUAAAAAUAGAUUUUUAUUAAAGUAAAUAGUAGCUAAAA